GAGGUUGGUGGUCUUAGAAGUAGCAGCUUAUGUUAAUGUUUUCUUUCUUUCUUUUCUUCAGGGAGAGGUGUGUUUACACAGGAAUACAUCGAACCAAAAAGUUUUGUGGUGGAGUACAGGGGAGUUUUGUCCCUGAGUGUAGGAGCAGAUGACAAAAGCAAAUAUAUAUUCGAUUUCAUGUGGAAUGGGAAGCGCUACUGCAUAGAUGCUUCAAAAGAGGAUGGAACACUGGGACGACUAGUGAAUGAUGAUCACAUACAGCCCAACUGUAAAGUCAAAAGAAUAAUGGUCCAAGGAAAGCCACACUUGUGUCUUUUUGCUGUCAAGGAAAUCUUUCCAGGCGAGGAGAUCACAUAUAACUAUGGCGAUUCCUCUUGGCCAUGGCGCUCAAUGGCACCCGGUGAAGAACAAUCUCACCCGAAGUUGAGAGAAAGUGAGCCAGGCUCAGAAAAGUCACAGGAGGUGUGCAGCGGUCGUGAUUUGAUGACAGAGGUCAGGGCAGCUCCGUCAACAUUAAAGGAUGACAUUUCACAGGAGGUGUGCAGCGGUCGUGAUUUGAUGACAGAGGUCAGGGCAGCUCCGUCAACAUUAAAGGAUGACAUUUGCCACCAUAGUGUUACCUGCUCACUUGUCAGCUGUUUGGACCAUUGUGAAGAUUGCACAGGACCUGUCUCCAGUCUAAAAUGGCUUGGUCUCACAUGCAAAUUGUGUUCAAGAUCCUGGCACAAAUCCUGCUUUUUCAAGAAGAAUCAGUCGCUGGAUGUUAUACCCGAUGAGAUUGUUUCUGACUCUGCAAGUAGUGAUGGCUGUUCCUCUGGUGAUCUCUACAUAGCUGACACUGCACCAAGGUCUGAUGGAUCCAACUCUGAUGAAGAUGUUGUAACUGACACUGAACUAUUUAGUGAUAGUGAGGAUCUAAACCUACCACAUCGCAAGAGUGGACCAGUUGACUCACUUUCUUCCCAGGAAAGGACAAAGACAGUCCUGCAACCUAUAUCCUGCAUGGAACAGGAGGACAAGGAUGCUUCCAACUCUGGCAGAGUUGGCAUUGAUGAUGACUUCAUACCUGAUAGUGAACCCUGUUCUGAUGUUGAUGAUCCUACUACAAGUAAUACCCAGACUCUUCCAAGAAGUACAACAGAGUCUUUUCUACUGAGACUGCAGCAGCACCACAAGUCUCUUCUUGCACAUCAAAAAUUACUGCUAUGUUUGCAAAACACCUCAGUCUAA